AUCGUUUAUGUCCAUCAGUUUAUAAAUUGCGCGUCUCAUCGUUGCCGCAUUUCACAGUUAAUUAAAUCGUUAGAGCGUGAAGACUGAAGAAGAGCGAAUUUAAGCGGUUUUAUUUUAGCUUUUUCUACACGUAAAAAUGCUUCGAAAGGUGUUUUUCGUUUGUGUUUUGACGGUGUUCGGAACCAGUGCUGAUUUGUUCAGUGAUUUGCGUCUUUUGUCCGAUUCGGCGGAGCCGAACUUUCCAGUGUUCGAUUUCGAACGGCCUCAAUUUCAAGCCAGACAAUCGUCUGAAUCUUCCAGCAACAAAGAUCGUGAACCACUGGCACCCGACUACAAAGAUCCAGUAAUAGCAGAUCCUGAUGAAAUAAACAAGGACAAACCGGUUUUGAAUCCCAAGAAAAAAGACAAGCAAGGUCCUAAAUAUCCGGUGAUUGCCGGUAUAGGGGGCGGCAUUGUCGACAUCGAUGCCGGUUCGGAUGGGUUGCAGACGUUUUCUAGCCCGUUCGGGCCCGAAUUUGAAUUUCCCGCCUUGCCGACCGGUUUAGGCAGGCCGGGUAGUGGGUUCGGGUUCGGUGGGUUGUUCGGAUUGGACGACGGAAAAAAAUGGUGGAAAGGUGCCAACGUUUGCAUUGAACGUGAAGAAAGCACCGAUGAUGACGAAGAAGAAGAAUCAACCAAAGAAAAUUCCACCGACCAGCAGGAAAAUCGCAACUUGUUUUCGACCUCGAUCCGUCUGAGCAACUGCUUCGAGACUGAUAACAAGUACGAGUGCGUGACAAGAAUUAACAACCAUGGUGUGGUUAAAACCUUCACGGUACGCUAUAAGUGCUGUUACGGGUUCAAGCGUACACAGGAUUCUGACGGAUGUACCAAACAGGUUGAUCUGAAACCGGUGCUUCAAACCUUGGAAGACCUGAAACUGGACGCGUUCAGAAACUUGAUCAAAUCGAGCGGUCUGGAAAGUACCUACGAAGCUGGAAACUUUACAGUUUUCGUGCCAAGUGAUGACGCAAUGCAUGAUUAUGAUGAAAAACUCAACGACAUGAAUAUUGUGGAUCCAGUUAGAAGAAGGAGGACCCUUAAAAACGCCCUAACCUCAAAAGAUUUAGUCCUCAGCCAUACCACCGAUGGAUUUGUUGAAUUGGCCGACCUGGAAAAUGAACAAAAACUGAAAAGCGAAGAUGUUCAAGGCUCAAAAAUCAGGAUCAACAUUUAUCCGACUCACACCUACGAAAAAAUGCUGACAGUCAAUUGCGCACGCGUCAAAAAAAGCAACAUUUUAGCUGACAACGGAGUGGUGCACGUAGUUGACAAAGUCGUACCGCCAGCAAUUGACAACAUCGAGGAAAUAAUCAGGAAUCAUCCAAAGUUGACAAGUUUCAAAAAAAUCCUAGAAAAUACUGAAAUCCCUAAAAAACUCAAACCGGACGGGCAUUAUACCGUGUUCGCCGCCACUGACGAGGCUUUUGCCAAAUUGGAUGAAGUUCAACGACAGAAAUUAUUAAAUGGAGGCGGAUGUGCAUCUAAUAUUCUCAAGCAUCAUUUUGUGGCGCACACGGUAUGUUCGGCGGCCAUUAUUGGUAAUGCAACAACUCACAACGUAGAGGGCGUCGUGUUGAAUAUGGAACGCACCAUGGAUGACGAGUUGAUUUUUGAAGGCAAAGCAAAAAUCGUCGAUACCGAUUUGAUUGGUAGCAAUGGAGUUAUUCAUUUGAUUGAUACUUUAAUCAUACCAGAAUCAGGUCAAUACAUUGGAAAUGUCCUAAAGUUGCACAACUUUUCGAAAUUUCAAGAUUUAGUUGAAAAAGCCGGUCUCGCUGAAGAGCUGGACAAUUUUGAAAACGCUACAGUUUUUGUGCCGGCCGAUGUUGCCUUUGAAACCCCUCAAGCCCGAAAACUUUUGGAAAAAAUCGGUGACGAUAAGGAAAAACUGCGAGACCUAAUCAAGUAUCACGUCAUCGAGGGAAAAGUGCAAUCAUGUGACAUGUCAAAUAACAUGAAAAUCCCUACCAAGGAAGGAGAGGAUUUGAGAGUGAAUUUAUAUUCAACGUUACCUUUAUUCACAAACGUCAUAAAUCGCGCCACCAUCAACUGCGCAAGACUGAUAGGUUUUGAUGAAAAAACCUGCGGAUCAGUUGUGCACGAAAUCAACAAAGUCUUAGCACCCCCUACUGAAAACAUUUACGAAUUGAUUCAAAAAGACGACAAAUAUUUAACCUUGAGGGAACUGUUGAAGGGCACCGAAGUCGAGAAAAUUCUACAAGAAAAUAAUCGUUCUGUGACGUUUUUGGCACCCACCGACGAAACUUUUGCCGCUCUAGACGAGAAAGACAUGACUAGAUUGCGAGAGGAUAAAGAAAGAGCCGAACAAGUGCUGAAACAUCAUAUUUUGACAGAGGUUCUUUGUUGUUCGGGUGUUGGUCCUCAGACUUGGGGCUUCAACAAUUUCAUUCCGACUAUGGACAAUCAGAAAGUCGAAGUGGGCAGGACUGGAAGUCAGGUGCGUAUCAACAGAGCAGUGGUGACAAGUUGCGACAAUUUGGCCACCAAUGGGGUGUUGCAUACUAUCAACAAAGUUUUGGCGCCUCGUAAGCAAUCCGUAGCCACUUUGGGUGGGGGAUUUUUGUUUUUCGAUAUCUAAAUAUGACUGUGUAGUAUUUAUGUUAUUUAUUUGAUUUUAUUUAAUAAAGAUAUUGUUCUAGUUUUAUUGUUUGUCUUUUUUCAAUUGUGUUUAUUGAAUAAAGACAGCUAGUGUUUUAA